UCUGUGGCGGAGGAGCCGCCGCCAUUUCGGUGUCGCCGGGAGCGGGGCCGGGGCCGGGGCAGCGGCGAUGGAGCCCGGAGCCCGCCCGGGCGGCGGCGGCGCCCCGGGGCAGUCCCGAGAGUACAAACUGGUGAUGCUGGGAGCGGGAGGCGUCGGCAAGAGCGCCAUGACCAUGCAGUUCAUCAGCCAUCGGUUCCCAGAGGACCACGACCCCACCAUUGAGGAUGCCUACAAAAUCCGGAUCCGCAUCGAUGAUGAGCCUGCCAACCUGGAUAUUUUGGAUACAGCAGGACAGGCAGAGUUCACAGCCAUGAGGGAUCAGUACAUGAGGGCUGGGGAAGGUUUCAUCAUCUGCUACUCCAUCACGGACCGGCGCAGCUUCCACGAGGUGCGCGAGUUCAAGCAGCUCAUUUACCGCGUGCGCCGCACCGACGACACCCCCGUGGUGCUGGUGGGAAACAAGUCUGACCUCACCCAGCUGCGCCAGGUGUCCAAAGAGGAAGGCUCUGCCCUGGCCCGGGAGUUCAACUGCCCCUUCUUCGAGACCUCGGCCGCCUUCCGCUACUACAUCGACGACGUGUUCCACGCGCUGGUGCGCGAGAUCCGCCGCAAGGAGAGGGAGGCUGUCAUGGCCUUGGAGAGGAAAUCCAAGCCCAAAAGCAGCGUCUGGAAAAGACUCAAGUCCCCCUUUCGGAGAAAGAAGGAUUCAGUCACUUGAACACAAAAUGCCUCUGCAAAGCAGGACAAAAAGCUGUGAGCCUUUGUGAGCAAAGCAGCUCGGUGCCGACGCUGCCAGGACGUGACAGCUGAGGGGACUCGGAGGGAAUGUGUAGCUCUGCCAGUUGUUUUUGUUUAGAACCAUGUUGCCUUCAUUCUGGGUGUUGAACUUCAGGCCCAGUUGUACUUUGUUGUCAUUUUGUACUGGACCCAGCACGUGUUGGCCAGCGAGGCCGAUGGGUUCGUGGCCCUGCACUUUGGAGGGUUUGUCCUUGGUCACAGAGCUGAACUGUGCAAAGCACUGCUGGAGUUCAGCCUCUCUCAAUCCCUGCUUUUCCCAGCUGUUUGCACAAGAGGAAUUUGCUGCUCUCCAGAACACCAACCCACAGUGUGAGAGGCUGGAACUGGAGCUGGGCUGGACUUCCUGUGCCCUCAUGGAAUAAAUUUCUUUGCAGGAAAACUGAUGUGGAACCCUUGUGUGCAAGUUCAUCCGAGUGAUCAGUGCAGCAGCAGUGCUUAGGUGGGAUGUAAACAAACCAGAAUCACUUAAAUUGGAAAGAUCUCUGGGAUCAUGGAGCCCAACCAGAGCACUCAGUGCCAGUCCAGCCCUUCAGACACCUCCAGGGGCAGUGACUCCACCACCUCCUGAGCAGCCCCUUCCAAAUUCCACCCCCUUUGUCACAGAGGCAAGCUGUGCUUGCUGUGGCAGCAGUGCAGGAACAUGUGAGCUUUUCCUGCUGCACACAGCACAUGGAGUGUGGUGUGCUGGAGAAAGAACAGCUUGGAACCUCCUGGCUUGUUCCAAAUCCUGGGAGAGGCUGCUUGAGAAGGAAGCAGUGACUUUGGGGAGUGUGACUGGGACAGUCACUGCCAGCUGUUCUGUGGAGCUGUUUGGCAGAGGAAAUGGCUGAUGUGAGGCUGUGAAGCCAGAACUGACUUUCCCUGCUCCUGCUAAGGCUGUCCCAGUGCAGCUGAGCACUGCUGGAGCAGAGCAGGGAAGCACAGCCCCAGCAGCUCCUCCCCUCCCUGACCUCACCUGUGCAGGUGCUCCAGGAGGGCUGGGGCACUUUCUGAUGCUCCUAAAGAACAAUUUGUGUGUGGGGGAGAUGCUGCCCAUGUGGGGACUCUGUGCCCUGAACCUGAUGGAUUUUACAGUUUUGGGAUCAGGUGCUCCUCUGGAUUUUAACAACAGGACAGGUCACAGCUGGGUGACUCAGAUGUGGUUCCAAGCAGUUUCUCUGGAGUCUUUCAGAGUGAAAGAGCUGAUUGCACUUCAGUGAUCACUUCAGUGAUUUUGCUGAUCAGCUCUCAGAUCUGUGCUGUCAGUCUGUGCCAUCCAAACUGAAAACCCAGGUGUAAAAAGAUUGGUAAAUGCA